AGCAAUAAAUACAUACGUGUAUACACACCACUUAUUUUCGUCCCCAAUUCACCCUGCUUACUCUUCACCUGCAUCACCUCAUGUGUGCUGCCUCCGCUGUUAGCGUUUUCAAUGCUCAGUCUCUUGCAAGUCUAAAACCUCAGCUUUCUGCGAUUUCAAUCAUGUUUCUGAGAUCUCCAAAACCCCAUGAGUAUGCAGCUUUAUUCGUUCCUUGGAUUUCGUGGGCCAACAUAGUUUAGAAGGUUUUAGAUGAUUGAUAUACUCUGGCCUUAAGUACUUGUAAAGCUUGUGUUUUCUUACUCAAUUUUAGUUAGGUUUUAGCUUUUAGGCAAUUGAUUUAGGUGGGUUGUGGGUGGGUUAUGAUUUCUUUCUUCCAUGUAAGUGGUUUAUUCUAGGAUUGUGAUUAUUUUUGUUAGUUAGUCAAAGGGGUUGUUUAAAAUUGUUGGAUUAUGGCUAAUAACGGUACCCCAUAUUUUAUCGAGUGGAGAGAGGAGAUUGUUUCGAAAGAGUGGGGAAACCGUGUUGUGCAUUAUUACUUGAAGGACAUUGAAGGGGAAUCUGUUCUAGCGGUUGUGGGAACCGAGAGGAGUGUUAGGCACAUGUUUUAUGUUGUUUCUGAUCAGUUCUUGAGUGCUUAUGGAGCGGAGAAUUCAGUCUAUGCCGGGUACAAAUGGAGAGCAAGGAGAGAGGUCGUGAAUUGGCUCACAUCUAUGUUAUCGAAGCAGCAUCAACUUGGUAACAAUUCUAAAUCUUCACAAGGUGAUCCGAUCUCUGCUAUUCAACAGUUCCGUAUGCCAGUUUUUAAGGGCUGUCAUUCAAGGAAUCUGAAAGUUCAUAAUUCAGGCAUUGAGUGGUCAGGUGAAUCAUGGGCCUGCGGAAAACAACUAAAACACUAUCCAGCAUUUCGCAAGAAUGGGAUUACUAUUGCGAUACAAUCAUUUGUCUUUGUAAUGGCUGAAGAAGAGAACCAUCACCUUGCAUACCUUGAAGAUUUGUAUGAAGACAGAAAAGGCCAGAAGAAAGUCAAAGUGAGGUGGUUCCACCUUAAUCAAGAAGUCAAAAAUGUUGAUUCUAUACAAAAUUCUCACCCUAAAGAAGUUUUCAUGACACCUUAUGUUCAAGUCAUCAGUGUGGAAUGUGUUGACGGUCCUGCCAUAGUUGUAACUCGUGAACACUAUGAUAAAUUUGUGGCUGUACUUCCGCAAGAUGUGCUAGAUAAAGUACAUCUGUGCUUCAGACAGUUCAAAAGUAACCGUGUGAAGCCUUUCAAGUUGAAUAAAUUGUGUGGCUAUUUUAAUCAACCAAUUUUUUCAUAUUUGGGUCAUGAAAUGGAUGAUGAUGAAUCUAAGCCUCGAGACAAUGUCAAACUAGGAAGUAAGCGAACCAGGAGUUGUAGAGAUCGUCAACCAUUGUCAUAUAAAUCAUCAGGCCGGAACUGGAGGUAUGGUGUGCAGAGGAAGUUAAUCCAUUCAAAACGUGCUGAAUGCCCACCUCUGGCAACUACACUGUUCAAGGUUAAUGACAAGAUAGAGCUACUUUGCCAAGAUAGUGGAAUUCGAGGUUGCUGGUUUAGGUGUACGAUUUUGAAGGUCUCCCGACAUAUGAUACGGGUCCAGUAUGAUGACCUAAACGAUGCUGAUGGAUGUAGCAAUCUUGAGGAAUGGAUACCAGCAUUCAGGCCCGCAUUGCCCGAUAAACUUGGUAUGAGGCAUAAAGGGCGCCCAACAAUCAGGCCAGCUCUUUCUUGCAUCGAAUCACACCUGGAUCUGGUGGCUGGAGCUGCGGUAGAUGCAUGGUGGAGUGAUGGUUGGUGGGAAGGAGUAUUAAUUGGAAUUGGGAACUCUGAAGAUGGAAUACUGCAAAUUUUUGUUCCGAGCGAAAACUUGUUUCUCAAUGUACAUGGAAAGAACUUGAGAGCUUCAAGAGAUUGGGUGGGCGAUUGUUGGCUUGAUGUUGAAGCAAAUGGCAACAUUGUCUCAGCCAUUUCUGUUGCAAACAUAUCAGAUGACAAGAUUUCUACGAGAUAUGCUUUUGACGAGGCCAAGUCAGAUGAUUUUCCAGCUUUAGGUCGUACAGACUUGAUCAAUUCCGUCAAAAUUACCAACGAGGAGAAGCUUGAGUUAGAUUGUUUGGCUCCACAGGAUAGUUGUCCAGAGCUUAAAGUUAAUAUAGCUUGUUCCUCGCUACAGGAUGUAAUAUUGGAAAAAAUGAACUGUGCUGAUGAGUUGGAACUACAGUUGAAAGACGUGGGGAAGAAAAGUAAUGAAAGCAUUACCGAUAAGUGUGAUGGGAUGGACGAUGCAGACCGUACUCAUGAUCAUAGUGGUGAUAUUACUGUUCAGAAUGUUUGUGAUGAUAAUAACGUUUUACUAAUCAAGGAUAGCAAUGACAAUAGCAUAGCACCAGAAGAAUCUGAAAACUCUGAGAGGAAACCCGAGCCGGCAUUAAUGGAAGUGGAUCACUUCCAAAGGGUGUCUCCUAUUGUUAUCGGAAUGUAGUUGGAGAUAGACGUACAUAUAAAGAUAGAUGUAACAUGACUUCUGUUCGGCAUUUUUGUCGACUGCGGGGAGUUGGGUGUAUACCAGACUGAGAUUAGCCGUCUGAUAGGACUUUAUUUUACUAAUUAUGUAGGACCAUUGUGAUAGAAGUUUCUCAAGUAGACCAUUGUAAUGGAAAUUCUCAAGUAGAAGCUCACCUGUAAGCUGGAGUUUCUCUAAAUUGUAUUUACCUUGUGGAUGUGUCUGUAUUGGUUUGUUCAUCACCGACAUGAAGGUUUUUUUAGAUAUAAAGCUAAAGUUGCUCUACA